GAAAUAUCAAUAAAAACUUACGUAAACAAUGGAACUGUUAUGCUCCACAAGGAGCUGCAUAAAAUUCUUGCAGUAUGUACAACCAGGCAUGCUGACACCGGGUGUACAAUCGUUGGUGCAAAGCCAGCAGGUUCGUCAUCGUCAGACGAAACAUUGGAAUCCCAAGUUCAAGAAACUGCGCAAGAUGAAGUUUGUCAAAAUGGAUUUGCCAGAUUUCCAGGAGAAAGCCAAUGAGCUGCCACAGGAAGAGCUGAAGAAACGUAUGAAAGAACGUGGUUUCUUGCCACCACGACCAUGGUUGGAGCGACCAUUCCAUAUCAGUUGUACUGGUGGUAUUUUUGAGGCUUACGUACCACCAGAAGGUGACGGCAAGAAAUCGUUUAUUUCCACCGCUGGUGCCAAGCAGAAAUUCGAAUUUUUGGAAAAGAAAUCCAAAAGUAUGUUGGCUGUGCGUAAAAUUCGCACCUAUGAAGAAGAUUUCGAUACCGAUAAUUUCCCAACCAUUGCCCAAGAUAUCUACAUUGCUGCCCACAAAUAUAUGGCCGAUAAGGAUAAACAUCAACUAAGAGAAUUUGUUACCGAACGUUGUUAUCCCGAAAUGAUGCAUAAUGUAAAGGAUAAGACGAUACGUUGGACAUUCCUUAAGUCGUUGGAACCACCACGUAUGGUACAUGCUCGUGUCACUGAUGUUAUUUCCAAAGAAAAUCUCUUCGCCCAAGUCACCGUACGUUUCCAUACGCAGCAAAUGUUGGCAAUUUAUGAUCGUUUUGGUCGUCUUAUGCAUGGUAGUGAAAUUUUGACCAAAGAUGUAUUAGAAUAUGUGGUGUUUGAGAAACACAUUUCCAAUGAAUAUGGUCGUUGGCGUUUGCAUGAUAAGAUUAUACCCGAUUGGUUGCCACCUAAACAACCGGCACCAAUUACCUAUCAAUUGAUUGAAGAUGCCGUCGAAGAGGUUGCUGCCGAAACGAAACAACUGGAAGAAGGCCAAAAGAAGCAGGAAAGUGGUGAUGCUGAAAAGGAUAAGGAAGUGCAAGUGGCCACCACAGCAGCAUCGACAGAAUCGACAACGAAACCAAAUGUAACGGCCAUUUGA